AUGCCUGGAAAACCUCCUCAACCUGGAUACCCUGGAACCCCCGGUACGCCUGGAACACCGGGCACACCCGGCAGUCCACCACAACCGGGUCAUCCGGGAUAUCCCGGAACGCCUGGCACCCCAGGAUCACCUGGAAUACCUGGUACGCCUGGAACACCGCCGCAACCUGGAUUCCCCGGUACUCCCGGAACACCCGGAGUACCUGGCACACCUGGUAAACCGCCUCAACCUGGAUACCCUGGUACACCCGGUAUGCCUGGAAAACCUCCUCAACCUGGAUACCCUGGAACCCCCGGUACGCCUGGAACACCGGGCACACCCGGCAGUCCACCACAACCGGGUCAUCCGGGAUAUCCCGGAACGCCUGGCACCCCAGGAUCACCUGGAGUACCUGGUACGCCUGGAAAACCGCCUCAACCUGGAUACCCCGGUACUCCCGGAACGCCUGGGAAACCCGGCACACCGGGUAGUCCACCACAACCAGGAUACCCAGGAUAUCCCGGGACGCCUGGCAUCCCUGGAUCGCCAGGAACACCUGGAACUCCUGGACAGCCACCACAACCUGGAUAUCCCGGAACACCUGGAUACCCUGGUACACCCGGAACGCCAGGAAUACCUGGGACGCCUGGAAAACCGCCUCAACCUGGAUACCCUGGUACCCCCGGUACGCCUGGAAUACCCGGCGGUCCACCACAACCGGGAUAUCCCGGAACGCCUGGAUAUCCCGGAACACCUGGAUAUCCUGGUACACCCGGUACACCUGGAACACCUGGAACACCGGGAACGCCUGGAAAACCGACACAACCUGGCUACCCAGGAACACCUGGAACACCCGGUUCGCCUGGCAGUCCACCUCAACCUGACUACCCAGGAACACCUGGCACACCCGGUUCGCCUGGCACUCCACCACAACCUGGAUACCCCGGAACCCCUGGAUAUCCUGGUGCACCAGGAACGUCUGGAACACCUGGAUCUCCUGGAACACCACCGCAUCCUGGAUAUCCCGGAACACCUGGCUCACCUGGAAUCCCACCAUACCCGGGCUACCCAGGCACACCAGGAACGCCCGGAACGCCUGGCAGACCACCACAACCAGGAUACCCAGGCACGCCUGGAACACCCGGAACGCCUGGGACGCCUGGAACGCCAGGAAAACCUCCACAACCUGGAUAUCCUGGUACGCCUGGGACGCCCGGAACACCCGGUAUGCCAGGGAAACCACCGCAACCUGGAUACCCUGGUACACCUGGCACACCUGGCAGACCGCCACAGCCAGGAUACCCUGGAACACCCGGAACACCAGGCACGCCUGGAAGUCCACCAACACCAGGAUACCCAGGCACGCCAGGAACGCCUGGAACACCCGGAACGCCUGGUACACCAGGAACACCGACGCAACCUGGAUAUCCAGGAACACCCGGAACGCCUGGUAGUCCACCACACCCAGGGUACCCAGGUACGCCUGGAUCACCUGGUACACCUGGCAAACCACCUCAACCUGGAUUCCCUGGAACUCCUGGCUCGCCUGGCAGACCACCACAACCCGGCUAUCCCGGAACACCCGGGACACCUGGAAGUCCAUCACAACCGGGAUACCCAGGUCAGCCUGGCACGCCUGGAGCCCCAGGAUCGCCUGGAACACCCGGUACACCUGGUAGACCGCCGCAUCCUGGAUACCCUGGAGCUCCGCCUCAACCAGGAUUCCCAGGAUUCCCAGGACAACCUGGCACGCCGGGGACGCCAGGAUCGCCUGGUUCACCUGGAACACCGCCGCAACCUGGAUACCCUGGAACACCCGGUACGCCCGGAACACCUGGCACGCCAGGCAGUCCGCCACAACCGGGAUACCCAGGAUAUCCCGGAACGCCUGGAACGCCAGGAUCGCCUGGCACACCUGGAAUACCGCCCCAACCAGGAUAUCCUGGAUCACCUGGUACACCCGGAAAACCUGGUACACCUGGUCGUCCGCCACAACCAGGAUACCCAGGAUACCCCGGAACGCCGGGGACGCCAGGAUCGCCUGGCACACCUGGAAUACCGCACCAACCAGGAUACCCUGGAUCGCCUGGUACACCCGGAACACCUGGCACGCCAGGCAGUCCGCCACAACCGGGAUACCCAGGAUAUCCCGGAACGCCAGGAUCGCCUGGCACACCUGGAAUACCGCCCCAACCAGGAUACCCUGGAUCACCUGGUACGCCCGGAACACCUGGUACACCUGGUCGUCCGCCACAACCAGGAUACCCAGGAUACCCCGGAACGCCGGGGACGCCAGGAUCGCCUGGCACACCUGGAAUACCGCCCCAACCAGGAUACCCUGGAUCGCCUGGUACGCCCGGAACACCUGGUACGCCAGGCAGUCCGCCACAACCGGGAUACCCAGGAUAUCCCGGAACGCCAGGAUCGCCUGGCACUCCUGGGAUACCGCCCCAAUCAGGAUACCCUGGAUCGCCCGGUACGCCCGGAUUACCACCACAACCUGGCUACCCAGGAUAUCCUGGAUAUCCUGGAACGCCUGGUUCACCCGGAUACCCAGGGACACCUGGAACUCCCGGAUACCCAGAUGGUUCCCAACCUGGUACUCCUGGAAGACCAGGUAAACCUGGUAGGCCCGGUAGACCUGGUAAACCUGGCAAACCUGGCAAGCCUGGUCACCAUGGGUCUGGCAGUCCAUCUCCUCCAUCACAGCCUCCAUAUCCAGGAGCUCCCGGUCUAGAAGGAACGCCAGGCUCGCCCGGUAUUCCUGGUGUACCCGGUACGCCCGGAUCUCCUCCUUAUCCACCAUACCCAGGAUAUCCUGGAGCUCCUGGGACGCCAGGUUCUCCUGGAACUCCUGGUACGCCAGGCAGUCCAAGUAGACCCGGCAAACCUGGCACUCCCGGUAUUCCUGGCAUACCGCCGUACCCACCUCAACCGGGGUAUCCUGGAACACCUGGAUCUCCUGGUACACCAGGCAUACCUGUUACUCCUGGUUCACCUGGAACCCCGCCAAUACCACCGCAUCCUGGACACCCUGGACGUCCAGGUAAACCUGGUCGACCUGGUAGACCUGGUCGACCUGGUUCCCCUGGGCAUCAUUCACAUCCUGGAACUUCAACACCAGGUAACGAGCAGCAUCCUUCGUAUCCCGGAUAUCCCACUGAACCUCCUAGUCCAGGUGGCGAUGGAGGUGGAGUAGGUGGUGUUGGACCUGAUGGUCCUAACGGCCCAUGGCCCAAUGGUCCCGAUGGUCCCCAAGGUCCAGGCGGUCCUGGCGGUCCGGAAGGUCCUGGAGGUCCUGUUGGUGGAGUUGGAGGAGUAGGUGGCGAAGGAGGUGUUGGACCAGACGGACCAGACGGCCCAUGGCCGACAGGUUCACCAGGACCAGAUGGUCCAUGGCCUGGUGAUCCAGAUUACGUACCCGGAGCAGAGCCAACAACGCGACCUCGAUACGAAGGACCGAUCAAACUUCAAUAUCCACUGAAGUAUUACGAACCUACGACACCGAGUUCAUACAACGAACCAUACUAUGGAGACUACGGACAGAAACAAGUAGAACGAUUGACAUCCAGUUCCAAGUUUAAUUCAGAUUUUAGGAAAAAUGGAACGUACGAUGGAAAUUACGAGAAAAACGUCGAAUCCACUGCUUUCGGAUAUCCAACCAAAAUAAGCAGCCCGUUUGGUUCAAAAGACAAUCAAUAUCAAGAUCAAUCGGAAAGACUUGGAUACCAUCAAGAACAACUGAAUCAAAACGCGGACGCAAUUAAUUCUUUGUUGCACAUGCAACGAAAGGAGUCGCGAAAAUAUACCGACGAAGAAGACGGAAACGCGUACGUUGGCGUCACGAAGCUUGCACCUCAAACCACGUACAACGAAGUGAAAACAUCGAGCAACGCGAAGUACGCUGGCCAGCAACAGAUCGAACACACCAGUCGCGGGCAUCGUAAAUUUUCUCAACAGGUUACGAAAUUGAGCCAACCUGAUAAAACCAAUCCGAUCGUCGAGGUAGAGACGGAGAAGGCGGCGUAUCAGAACGCAAACGCGCAGGCGAACGUAAAGUAUCAGUCGUCGAGCAGAGGUAGUUCUACGUUCAUCAAACAGGUAAACGAAUUGUCUGAGACACCAUUAGAACCGAAUCGAGAUUUCGCUGCUAUCGGGGUUCAGCCUCCAAGUCCAAUCAACAAACCCUACCAGCAAUCAAUAGGGCCAGAUCCGCAAACCUGUCCUUGUUAUCUGCUCGAUACGGGUAACGAUACCGUCACCACCACGAGCACGACAUCCAUUCCUCUCAUUGGUCAGCUUGGCUUUAUUCCCGUGGUGUUUGUACCAUAUUGCCCGGGCGACGAUACGGACGGCCAAAACAUGAAAGACAUGUUCCCCUCCGCAAUGCCUGUCCCCUACACAUGCAAUGCAUGUGGCGCGCAGAGCGGACGAAUAGAAACGAAGCUUCUCAGCCUGAAUCAGCUUGGCAACAUCGAGAACCUAAGGGAGGCGUUGCGUCAAGCGAAACUUGGCUUUUUGAAUGUUUCAGCUCGAAGCCGGACCGAAAGGCGAAGAAUCAAGAGCCGGAACGUCAAAUGA